GCACGUCCUUACGCACGCCUCGGCCGGCGGCAGCGGACUAGGGCGGGAGGGACCGUCAACGGGAUUUGGAGCCCCGGAACCUCGCGGUCGCUUUGGCAGCAUGUAAGCAACUUCUUGCCAAGAACCCAGGUCACCACCAAGAAGGGGGCCUUAGGGAGAAGAAUAUCCAGAGGAAACCAAUGCCAGCCACGUCUGGAAUUACACUCAACACAGGCAGCAUGAGACAUUUUCUGCCAUCAUCUGUGUCCUACUGGCAAAGACCGUCACUCUCCAGGUAGGAGGGUCCUGGAAGCAGCACGCACCAGGAGCCGCUCCGGAAGAAGAAUGGGGCCAGAGAUAAACUCUCUAUAAUGAACAGUUUUCAACUUAUGAAGGAAUUUUAAGUAAAGCAAUUAUUUAAUUUCCACAUAUUCAAGUUCAGUAGCCUUCUGUGUGAAGUGCCAGCAGUCACCCCUCCACAGGAGUUAUCAAGAUUUUUCUGGCACUGGGCUGAACUCUUCUUGGUACUUCUGGCAAUGACUGAUCUUCAGGACAGAUUUAUCUGCUAAAUGCUCUUGAGCAGGAAAAAAUGUAAGACUUCUGGAAGCAGCUUCAGGAUAGCAGAGCAGAGGUCCCUUCCUCAUUGCUCAUUUUCUCAGAAACUCAGUCUGGACUCAGAUGCUUGUACGGAGGAUUGAGCCUGCCUCAUUCACCUCCAACGUCUCUCUCUUCUCGAGAGAUUUGGCAUUUUGGGGCUGCCUUCCCUGGCCCUUUUUAAAUGUUCAUUCUACUCCCAAGCUUCACCUUCAGCAGUCAAAUGAUGUGAACUUUGGAAUGGAGUUUGUUGUCCUUUGGGGACUUGCUUCUGUUGCUAGGCUGGUGCUGUCGGUGAGGACAUUCUGAAGGCUGUAAUCUGUUCUUGGGGAGGAGGGCAUCAGCCUUGCCUGAAUCCUCCAACAUGUUCCUGUUGCUGCCUUUUGACAGCUUGAUUGUCAACCUCCUGGGCAUCUCCCUGACUGUCCUCUUCACCCUCCUUCUCGUUUUCAUCAUAGUCCCAGCCAUUUUUGGAGUCUCCUUUGGUAUCCGAAGACUCUACAUGAAGACAUUGUUAAAAAUCUUUGCGUGGGCUACCUUGAGAAUGGAAAGAGGAGCCAAGGAGAAGAACCACCAACUGUACAAACCCUAUACCAAUGGAAUAAUUGCAAAAGAUCCCACUUCACUAGAAGAAGAGAUUAAAGAAAUUCGUCGAAGUGGUAGCAGUAAGGCUCUGGAUAAUACUCCAGAGUUUGAGCUCUCUGACAUUUUCUACUUUUGCCGGAAAGGAAUGGAGACUAUUAUGGAUGAUGAGGUGACAAAAAGGUUCUCGGCAGAGGAGUUGGAGUCCUGGAACCUGCUGAGCAGAACCAAUUAUAAUUUCCAGUAUAUCAGCCUGCGGCUCACCAUCUUAUGGGGGUUAGGAGUGCUGAUUCGCUAUUGCUUCCUCUUGCCACUCAGGAUAGCUCUUGCUUUCACGGGAAUUAGCCUUCUGGUGGUGGGCACAACUGUGGUGGGAUACUUGCCAAAUGGGAGGUUUAAGGAGUUCCUGAGUAGACAUGUUCACUUGAUGUGUUAUCGGAUCUGCGUACGAGCCUUGACAGCCAUCAUCACCUACCAUGACAGGGAAAACAGGCCUAAAAAUGGUGGCAUCUGUGUGGCUAAUCAUACCUCUCCUAUUGACGUCAUCAUUUUGGCCAGUGAUGGCUAUUAUGCAAUGGUGGGUCAAGUUCACGGGGGACUCAUGGGCGUGAUUCAGAGAGCCAUGGUGAAGGCCUGCCCACAUGUCUGGUUUGAGCGGUCUGAAGUGAAAGAUCGCCACCUGGUGGCUAAAAGAUUAACUGAACACGUGCAGGAUAAAAGCAAACUGCCCAUCCUCAUUUUCCCAGAAGGAACCUGCAUCAAUAAUACAUCAGUGAUGAUGUUCAAAAAGGGAAGUUUUGAAAUCGGAGCCACAGUUUACCCUGUUGCUAUCAAGUAUGACCCUCAGUUUGGUGAUGCCUUCUGGAACAGCAGCAAAUACGGGAUGGUGACGUACCUGCUGAGAAUGAUGACGAGCUGGGCCAUUGUCUGCAGUGUUUGGUAUCUGCCUCCCAUGACCAGAGAGGCAGAUGAAGAUGCCGUCCAGUUUGCAAAUAGGGUGAAGUCUGCCAUUGCCAGGCAGGGAGGACUCGUGGACCUGCUGUGGGACGGUGGUCUGAAGAGGGAGAAGGUGAAGGACACAUUCAAAGAGGAGCAGCAGAAGCUGUACAGCAAGAUGAUUGUCGGGAACCAUGAGGACAGGAGCCGGUCCUGAAGCCCGCGCCUUGUGCUGGCUGGAGCCUCCACCGAAUGCUGAGCGGAGAGACCGCUGGAGCUGUCACCACCGUCAUUGCUGCCACCCCCACUGCUGCAUCCUUUCCAGACCCAGACUCUUCAGCUGCUCUGGAUCCAGGACCCCAGCUCCUUCAGAGCCACCCAGGGCCCUGGGCUUGCUGACUGAAGUGAGCACUAUUGGGUGUCACUGCCCAGGAUGAGCGGCCUUCUUGUUCCUUUCACAAUAAGUCCGCUGGAGGAAUGCCAUUAAAGUCGGCGCCACCUGUGUGGGCUGAGUGGUUGGGACACAUCAGCCACGUUUCCACAUUUGGUUGUUAGGCGGUUAAUCUGUUAUGGAUGGCCACCUGCCAAGGACUUGGCUGGGCCAGGGUCCACCCCUCGGGAGAGAGGCACUGCCGAGGCGGGUGGUUUGCUGCUUUAGCCUGAACAUCAACCCAACAGAAAAUGGUCAUCUUCAGGGGCUUUCGGCAGAAUGAAGUUUCCAGUUUUUGUGCUGCUACCCACAGGCUGUGCCCAAGGCAGAGUGGACCUGCAGCUCAUGUGGUGGAAACCCAGAGUUGUUCCUCAUUGAUUCCAGUGCUAUUCCUGAACUCCCAUGUGACUUGCUCUUUGUUAACACGUGCCUCAGUUUCCCCAUCUGUAACCUGGAUCAGGAGGGGGACGGGUGGUGAAACCUACCUCACAGGGUUGUUGUGGGGAUUAAGUGCUACUAUGAGUGAAGGAUAAGUAAAGCUCAGUGUUACAAGUAUAGGCUUAUGAAAUGUGGCAGGAUAAGGUCUGAGGUCAGCACUGCCGCACAGGGCUUUGGAUUUGUUUUGUGAGUAAAUAAAAUUGUCUUUGAUGGUGAAUGAGUUGAGGGCUUUUCCCCUUCAUUCUUUCUCCCCUGGAUGUAACUCUAAGCAAGAUGUUUCUUAGCAACGUUGUAAUUCCCCACCUUGCACAUUAUCCUUGGCCUCGAAGGAAUCUACUUGACUUCUGGAAUGAGGAAUAGUAUUGCUCAGAAGCAGGUAAACUACUCGGACCAGAUGCUUGCAUAUCCCUGUGGUUGAUUCAGAACCUACGGUACACUGGGUGCGGGGAUGCUCUGUGCCGGGUGACAUGGAGAUGAGAGGUAUUUGGUGGGGAACUUAUUUUGAGGUGGGAGAAGAUGGUCCUCUGGACAUGAAGACGGUGGGAAGCAAUAAGGAAUAUGGGAGUGAGGCAAGAGCAGACUCCUACCCAGCCUGCGUGGGGGAUGAGACUGUGGGUAUUUGGUAUACCGUGGGCAUCUGCUUUGGGCUUCCACAGAAGCAGAAGGAGGCCUUGUGGGCCUCCUUUGUCCACCAACAGUCACUGUGGCAGCAAGUCAGCCUCCGCAGUUCUUGUUUUUGGAAUCAACAGAAUUAACUCGCCCUGCCGAUUCCCCACCCGUCUGCCCCUCCACUUGCCCUCUUCUUCCAGCAUAGCGCGGUCUUAACACCUGUCAGGGUUUUACGCAGCCAUGGUAAAUGACAGGUUUCCAAGGCCGCCCUCACCUGCAUCUUGGGGGCGUAGGAGCGAAGGCCUGCCCUUGUACCCCUUCACCUGUGGCACUUUGUCUUACCUAACCCUUAGUCUAAUUCCCCACAACUGCCCUCCUGUUCCAUCCCCUCCUUAAGAGCCUCCAACUUCCUCUUUUCUGCCAUUGUUAACCCAUGAGAAAUUUUUUCUCCUAAAACCUCUAUUAUUAAACUUUAAAGGGCAACCUUCUAUAAACUUAAAAAUGUUUAAAGAGUGGCUUUCAGCCUUCAAUGGAGGUGAUAGAUUUAAAGUAUUCAAGGGACAUCUGGAGAAUUCUUUAAAAACUGAUCUUGAAGAUCAAGUUCCCCUUUUGUCUUCUCUUAAAAAACUUUGUUUAUGAUGUUUAUUUCAUGAUUUUCAUAGCUAUUUUUAAGUAUUUUGGUUUUCUCACAUUCUUUUCAACAGGCCUGUCUGCUGCUGACAGCAGAAUAUUGCAAGAACCUGGUUUAGGAGCACUGCUGUGUAAAGAAGUGGGUGUGAAAAUUAAAUGAUGGCCUUCCCCUACUCUAAAGUGAGGCAAAGGGAGUGAAUUACACCCUCCCAAAAAGAAGUCUCAAGUUGUUUCCUCGGUGCCUGUUAUCAGAAUGAAGACUUAAUGAAACUGAUUCUUUUUACUGGGGUCCCUUAUAGUCUCAAGCUACCUGUUAGAAUAUUUGGGUUAGGAUAAUUGAAUUGGGACAAAUUGAGUUGUUCUCGUAUGGUCCAACAUCAAAGCACUAGGGCUAAGGACAAGUGUGGACAGUACAAGAGAACACCUGCUUCUGUAGUCCAGCCUGGUGGGGAGCAAAGCCAGGUGGCACGUGGGGAGUGAGCACUGGCCCGCUCCCGAUCCCAUCUCCAACCUGCUACUCAUUUGCUGUUUGGCUUUAUUUUUCUGUCUUUUUCCUGAUCCAUAACAAAGGACUUGGGCUUGAUGAUCUCUAAGGCCCGUUUUGGAAUUUCUGUAAUUUUAGAACCCAUUAUUCAAACUUUGGCUUUAGGCUGUAAAGUCACCUGGCUUAAGAAAGAAGCCAGUUUGAAUCCAUUUCCUUCCUGAAAAACACUGAACCUAAAGAGACUGCGCUUUAGGGUGUCCCACAUACAAGGGAGCGUCCCCAUGUUUGUGUGUGUGGGGUUUUGAUGUGGAUCUUGGGGAGUACUCACCCCAUUCCAGCUCCCUAACUAAUUGGAACUUUCUUAAGUCUAAUAAAAUUCUCCCGAAAAAGGAAACUCACUAAAAGACUGCUAACCAGGUCAGCGCAGCAAGAUAAGCUCGGUGGAGUAGUCUGGGAUGACAUACUUGUGAUUUAGUGGAACCAACUUUGGAACUUGAUUCUUCACUCUGUCAGGUGAUUGCCUUGAUGGGAGGUGAACAGAGAGCUUCACAGAGCCUUGAAUGCCCAGACUAGACAGGGAAAGUCUGGGCACCAUCCUGCUUCAGCCUUUAAUGGCAGAGCCCUUGCGGUGGUGGGCACUGACUCUCUUCUGGGUCCAGUGGGAGUCUUCUGGGUCCAGAAAUCCCGCCCAUUUCUUCCUGGAAUUGACCAAACACUGAGUGAUCUGGGGGGUCGUGCUUCCCACAGUGGCCUGAUGCAUGAGUGUUUCACUGUGUCGGGAGGUCCUCUCCACCUGCUGUGCCUCUUGGGUGGCCAGACUCGAUUUCUCCAGUCGCGCCCGCCCUGUGUGUCCUGGGACACCCGGGCUGGAAGGGCAGCCUGCACGCACACUGACUCUUGGACAGGUUAAGAGACGACCAUCCAGCCAUCCAUCUUCCAUUGCACCAACACCCCCACUCCCCUCAGUCAAUAUGUCUCUCUCCGAUGGGAAAGUUAAUAAAUUUUGCUCUAGAUUAAAAGUAUUGAUCAUUUCAUUUGUAAACGAUAAAUAAAAAGGGGGAACUUUUCAUUGCACCAGGGGUAGCGUCUGGUGUAUUUUGCUGGGGAAAUUGUGCUGGCUGUCGGGGGGGUGGGCUUCUCAUAUGCAUUCCGGCCGGCCAGCUGCAUUGAUUUCCUAUUAGUCUCCCAGCACCACCCAGUAACACAUCAUUUCAGUACCUGCUAUUAAUGGUCUUUUGAUAAAUAAUCACUUGUAAGUCAAUAAAUUUUUAUUAA